GGGAGGAGUUCCGCCCCAGCUCCCCAGCCUGCACCAGCACGCCCGCCCGGCCUUAGCGCCCACACAUCGCUUGGAUCUCCGUCCUGCACCCUAGCCUCGGCUGCGCUUCCCAGGGCAGGUUCCAGGCUCUGCAAGACCGGCGGGCCUCCAGGAUGCAGGCCCCGCACAAGGAGCACCUGUACAAGCUGCUGGUGAUCGGCGACCUGGGUGUGGGCAAGACCAGCAUCAUCAAGCGCUACGUGCACCAGAACUUCUCCUCGCACUAUCGGGCCACCAUUGGUGUGGAUUUCGCGUUGAAGGUGCUCCACUGGGACCCGGAGACUGUGGUGCGCUUGCAACUCUGGGACAUUGCAGGUCAAGAAAGAUUUGGAAACAUGACAAGAGUCUAUUACCGAGAAGCUAUGGGAGCAUUUAUUGUCUUCGAUGUCACCAGGCCAGCCACAUUUGAAGCAGUGGCAAAGUGGAAAAAUGAUUUAGACUCAAAGUUAACUCUCCCUAAUGGUAAGCCAGUGUCGGUGGUUUUGUUGGCCAAUAAAUGUGACCAGGGAAAGGACGUGCUUGUGAACAAUGGACUCAAGAUGGACCAGUUCUGCAAGGAGCACGGUUUCGUAGGAUGGUUUGAAACGUCAGCCAAGGAAAACAUAAACAUUGACGAAGCUUCAAGAUGCCUGGUCAAGCACAUACUUGCCAACGAGUGUGACCUCAUAGAGUCCAUAGAACCAGACAUUGUGAAGCCCCACCUCACAGCACCCAAGGUCGUCAGCUGCUCUGGCUGUGCCAGAUCCUAAAAGGUGCCUCUGCUGGCGUGUGACGGUCAGAACCCCAGGGCCCUAAUGAAUUGUGCUUCAAUUUUUUUUUUUGAUUACCAUUUUGGGUAAGUGUCAGGAGAAGCCCAUGGCACAUGUGACGAGCCAAAGAUGUAUGACUGCACGUUUCCUGUCCAGAGAGGAACAGCAAAUAUUCUUUAUAUGUUUUUCCCGACCCUCAGCACAGUGUUUACAAGCUUUUUAAAUAUCAGUCUGUUGUCAAAUGCUGUUUUAUCAUCGAGCAAAGUCACUCAGGGACACAUCCAGCCGUGCUACGUGUUCCUUUAAAUCAGCAAAGGCCUCUGGUCUUCUUGAGAAGGGGAACAAGAGAGCACAGCGGAGGUCAAGCUAAGCGCGGAAUUUGCCUUGCCCUGGUGCGUCUUUGUUCUGGUUUCGACUUGUUUCUGGGUGGUCCUAUAGGUCUAUUAAAUAGAAACGGUAUUUUCGCCUUUCUCGGCAGACCUGAGGGUUGUGUGUGAUGUUGCCCUUCAGAGUCGUGUAUGCAGGCAGCCUGUGCCUUUGUUGCCUUCAUUGUUACUUGCUGUGCCCUGAAUGCUGGUUUAACUGAAAACUGUAUGGAAAGAUCUGCUCCCUGAAUGUGCCUUUCUCUUAGCAUCCUCGGACUCAAGCUGUGGGACUCCUCUGUACAUGUAAGAUAUAUUAUAUAUAUUUUGCACAGGUGGAAAAUAAAACAUUA